AUGUUUAAUUCAAGUGAGGAAAAAGACGAAUUAGUGGUCGAAUUAAGAGAUGAAUUGGACGCACGUGAAGCGGAUUUACGUAAAAUGCAGCAGGAACGUUUGGAGUUGAUCAAAGACGCCAGAGCUGCGAAGGAUUAUCGAGAUGAGUUGGAUUGCCUUCAACAUAAGCUUACGAAACUGGAACGGCUUGAGACCGAAAAUGUGAAGUUGAGAGAGAAAUUGAGCGAAAUGGAAUUCCUGAAGUCAAGAUUAUCGGUAUGUUUGAUUGUAAUUCGUUCGUUCAUCAACUGUUAA